UUCGGUUGCCCGCGAACCACCAUUCGUCUUUCGUCUCGUGCAAUUUGCAAAAUCCUGCAGACACCCUACCUUUACGAUGGCAAAUCAUAAAUUACCCCCAGUAUGUGUACCAGCCAAUACCCAUAUUCACUGCACAACGCACCGCCCGGCAGAGUCACCAGUGUAGUUGGCGUAGUUGGUAGGUAGACGUAUAGAUGAACGAGCAGCUCCCUUUCGUAACCCAUGCCCGCUGAUACCCUUCUUACCUUUUCUUUAUUAUCCUUUCUUGCAUGGAGAAGCAAGGCCCAAUUCACGUCUUCCCGCAACUUCUACCCAGCAGCAUAUCCUCUAGCGGUCCGCUCCCCUUACCUUAACGCUUGGAUUCAAUCUCCCAAGGAUACGACGACGUUUGAAUCCUGGCCCUAUCACUGGGACGACAAGAAUAUUAUGGGAGUGGCAGGGUUUGUGAGGGUAGAUGGAAAAUCAUUCGGAUGGAUGGGUGAUACCUCGUCGGAAAAUCAAACUUCUCUCGUGAGCACGGAAGUCACCCCCACACGCUCAAAAUUCACGAUUUUGGCGGGGCGUGUGCAGUUGAAUGUAACGUUUCUCAGUCCAAUCGAGCCGUCUAAUUGGGUCCUUCAGUCAUUACCGUUCACGUAUAUCUCAAUCGAAGUCGCCACUACUGACGGUUCACCUCAUAACGUGCAGGUGUAUUUUGAUACCAGUGCAGAAUGGGUUUCUGGCGAUAGGAGCAAGCUCGCACGCUGGACCACCACUGUAUCUGACGGUACCGCAUAUCAUCAAGCUACUCUUUUCCAACAAUCAUCCAUGUCGGAGAUCAACAAUGUUGCAGAAGACUCGACGAUGUAUUUUGGAAUGGCUUCGAGCUCUUCCUCUUCAUGGCAAACUGGGGCAGACGCGGCCAUACGACAGCAGUUUAUACGCGAUGGAACUCUGAAUAACACAAUGGACAUCUCAUUUCGAGCAAUCAAAGAUUAUUUCGUAGUCUUCGCUCAUGCUGUCGACCUGGGAAAUAUCACGAAAUCGUCUUCUCCGACCGUUUGGUCCCUAGGUUUAGUCCGUGACCCAGUCAUUACUUUUUCCGCUGGAGUGAAUUCGCACGCUCGUAGUCCGUACUUUCUUACGCACUUUAGCACUGUCGACGAUGCGGUCAAGUUCUUCAUUAAAGAUUAUAAAAAUGCCGUCAAACGCGCUGACGAACUAGAUUUCAAAAUAAUGAAGGACGCAUCUGUUAUUUCCAGCAACUACGCCGACCUGGUGGCGUUUGGUGCAAGGCAAACCAUGGCUGGGAUAGAUAUAACUGUGCCGCGCGGGACUGAUGGUAAAUGGAACAUGUCGGAUGUAAAAGCGUUCAUGAAAGACACGGGCACUUCGCAGAGGAUCAACCCUGUUGAAGGAUUGUUUUCUGCGUUUCCGGCGUUUCUUUAUCUGAAUAGUUCAUUGGGAGGUCUUCUCCUGGAUCCCUUAUUGGAGUUUCAAGCGUACGUCGGUAAUCGUCAGUUCUCUGCACCUGACCUAGGAUCGUACCCUCGAGCCACCGGUAACACGUCGAAUGCGAAUAAUACUGCCUUGGAGAGUACGGGAAACAUGCUAGUCAUGGCUCUGGCUCAUGCGCAAUUAUCUGGAGAUGGUACUCUCGUAAGCCGUUAUUACGACUUGCUCAAAGGCUGGACAGAUUAUCUCAGUGCACAUACGUUACACCCUCAAAAUCAGCAUUCCGCUGAUGGACUGGACAGAAGUGAUCAAUCCAACUUGGCGAUCAAGGGGAUCAUAGGAAUCGCGGCUAUGGCAAAAAUAAGCAAGGCUUUGAACCGAGAGAGUGACUAUCAGACUUAUUCUGCUAAAGCUUCCAACUUAUCCGCCCGGUGGACGAAACUUGCGACGAGUGGGGACCACAUAACGUCCGUUUAUGGUGAUUCACAGUCGAGGCCUUUGGUAUACAAUCUGUAUGCCGAUGUCCUCCUUCGGACCAACGUAGUGGACAGUUCGAUCUAUUCCCAGCAAACAAGGUUUUACAAAACACUUACCACGACUGCCCAGGCUUUUGGACUACCUUACGAUGAUAUCGCACAAGAAGCCCAAGAUUUUGCCAAAGCUCCGUGGACUAUUUUUACCGCUGGAACUGUAACUCAAAAUGAGACUCAAGGGAGACUUUCCUACCACUUACCGAGUUAGUGACGGGUCGGUACUAGUGAACUCCGGCCAAGCCAGUCCGUCACAAGGAGCUAUUUUCGCCCUCCUGGCUUUAAAGUGAGAGUGCAGUUCGGUUUGUCCUUGAUAUCUGAUAACUGUUGUAUCAUAGUCUUCCCAUACAGAACAUCGUGGCCCCAUCAGCCGCGUUCCCUCAUAUAGUUUCAGCAGCAGCAUCGAAAGGUGGUACAAUUGCAGGAGCCGUGGUUGGGGCGCUAGGUGGAAUUGGGUUGCUUGUCCUCGGAUUCCUUCUAUGGCGGAAACGACGGCAAACCCUCCAGCAAGAGUCGCUGAAAAUUAUACCCUUCAAUUACCAGUGCUUCGACGUCAGCGAAAAAAGACGAAUGAAAAAGAAAUCGAAACUGGGGGAGAAAAACCGGAACUCCUGAUCAUGAUGUUCUCGUGUAUUUUUCAAGUCCAAAAUCUAGAGAAAAUUUGAAGUUCAGAUAUCAUAGAGAAGAC